CGGUAGGUUACCCCCGUUGCAAGAUGUGUCCUUUCUUGCUUUCCUAGUCAUGGGAGGCACCCACUGUGUGAAAAUAGCCGCUCGUGUCCUUCCAGAUUUGCAAUCGAAAGGUGAUUUUGAGAAGCUGGCACUAAACAGUCAUGGAAGACUAAUGUAUUUUCGUGCUUAAUCUGGUCACAAUUUGAUCUUGUUGCUUUUUGGUAACAGAUUAUCAAAGAUGCGUUGAACGAAGAAAUUGUUUGGGAAAAUACCAAAAAAUUUCCUGCAGACAUAACGUUUUUGUUUUAGACUGCUGUGAUAGCAAUGGACGACAUACAUUUGCAAGUCGCUCGAAGGGCAUCAAGCACCUCACAUCGGACAACCAUGAGCGACAGUAGUGUUCGCAAACCCGCAUCAAUUUACGAGAUCAACGAGCUGUAUAGUGCGCUAAAAGAUUUGGCUCAGUCGUCACCAGCACAGGGACAUCGCAGGCAAAGAACACCGAGUGCGAAUUUUGAUUCCUCUGACUCCUGGACAAGUGGAACUGAUUCACCGGACGUAAGGUCCAAAAUGGGCAAUGAGAAGAAAAUCAUGAAAGUCAUUCGGUCAUCGUCAAACAUUGCUCAGAGAUUCCCUGUGCUUGAGUCACCCCGCACUAGAGUCAGGAGUGCGGGAACAAAACCCAGUAUCUUGCCAAACAAGCGUGAAGCAGUUACUGCAAAUAACGUAGAGCUGUCGCCGAAGUUGAUUUUGAGGAAGAGUAAAUCGGAUGCGUCGCGAUUAAGAUCAAGGAGCUCGGUUGAUGGCUCGAAAUCUAUGGCAGAGAAAAUACGGGACCAGAGGCUGAAGUUCACGCAAGGCUUACGGAAAAAAGAAAUUGAAGAAGAAAGGGAAUGUAUUGAUUUCGACAAAGAAAUCCAAAAUAUCAAUGAUCUGCUGGAAUGGGCCAAAAUGGACGAACCAAAACCAGCUCAGGAGCAAAAGAAGAGGCGGAAAAAGCCAGGACAGCGGAAGCGUGUUGGGUCGUUAAUUGAGUCCACCUGUAGAAUUAGGCCGAAUUUCUCCGACUCCAACUUGAGAUAUUCUGAUGUGACGUCUCGAAUAGACCGCUGGUAUGAGCGGGCCUCCGCAGUGGCAUUAGGUGAAAUUAAAGAUGAGUGCGAGAUUUAUGAAAGCUUUUCAAGCUCAGAAUCGGACGACUCGCCCAAAGAAAGUUCUCCAAUAAAGAAGGGGAAAUCGUUAGAUGGUAUUGACUUGGAGUUGGAUAGCUUCACUGCUGAUGAUUUACUUAGCAAAUGGAUGCAACAGAAGAAAAGCAGCUUAAUCGCGGAAGACAGAGGUCGAUCAAGCUCUGAUGCAUCCGUGGAACCGCGGUCUUUGGAUUCCUCGGUGCUGUCAAUCGGUAAAGAUGAUGGGUCUCCAGAACGAGCCAAUAGUGUUUCUCCAUUAGUCGUCAACCGAAUCAUUGUAUCACAACCCAGUGUUGACGAUCAAACUCAAGGCAAUGGGGAGUCUCCGGUCGACAUUUUGCCAAACCAACCGAUUUUCUAUAUUCCGAACUUUACAGAUCACAUGAAAUCCAACACAACAAUAAUAAGCGAAGACGUAGCCUCAGGAAAUGCUUUGCUGUCGCCGGCUAGGCCCAGAAGCCGAAGCGCAAUCAGCAUGGGGGAGACUUUUGACCGACGUGAUGAAGCUGCUUGGAAGCAGAUCCAGAAAAUGUCAGAAAAGAGGUCGAAGUCAUUUGGAACUGUCAACAGGCGGGGAAGCAUGGAUGCAGCUAUGAAGCAGGAUGUACAGGAGCGGUUGUUAAGGACAACAAGUGACUAUAGAAGAAAGAGUCCCAGGCCCAGAUCCCUUACUCUAGGUAAAGACAAUAAUGAGAAAACCCCAUCCAAUGAACGCCAUGAAAAUUUGUAUCUUGAUGAGAAAGACUUUGGCCAUACGGACAACAAUGCAAAUAUUUUUAACACAGACAAGAAGCGCGACAAGGGUCGAAAGUUUUCGAAGUUUCCAGGUAAACUGAAAACCUUGUUAUCUGGAAAAAAGACCUGAACAAAAGAUCGCUGAUGUUUUACUGUUAAGGUUUUACUCCAUUUUGCAACCUAAUUUCAAAGUCAGAAAGGUAGAGUUCUUAAUUCAUAAUUAUCAAAAUUGUAUCAGAAACACUGACCUAGCUAGGAUAAGCAUUUCUUUUCUGUACAUAGUUUAGUUUUUCAGCUUGUUCUUGUGUCACAGCUAACAGAUACAGGUGGAUAUUUUAUUCCUCACUCCGAUCAAUCAGGUCGAUAGCUAACGUAAACAAAUGUUACAAAAGAGAGGGCUGGGAACGAACAAAACAUCUUUCUUUGAAGAGCAUUAACAAACCCUCAAGGAGACGAUAAAAUCAAGCAAAUGCCGCCAUCUGCAGCCCAUAACAUUUUCGAGUUGAAGGGAUGUAUUUAGCCUUUAUAAACAAAUUUUUUUCUUCAAAGUUGUUUCCCAAGGAUAAGCGAAUAGCUGAAUUUUCCAGUACAAUAUGUUUUACUUUUAGUUUGCUUUUGUUUUGCAAUAAGUUAGGUUUCUAGUAAUAAAGAAAAAAAACUUGGAAAAGCAUCAAGAAAACAUCAAAUUGUUGGUCCUUUUAUCAGCAUAGACCGGGGCUUACCACUAUUUCUCCUUUCCAAAUUACAGGGAGACUACACGAGAGGCACAGAUAGCACGAUGUUUGAGGCGAGGGAAACAUGUUUUGUCUUUUCCGGCCUGUUCUGUGCGCUUUUGUGAGCCUUUGCCGUGGUCGGAAGGGUUGGGUUAAGGUGAUUUAGCAAGGUUGAAUGACUUGGCUCAGCGUAGCCCAAUAUAAUCGAAUUGAUGCCCUGUUGUUUGAAAACGAGGUUCACCUAAACGAGGGUAGUAGUGACAUCGAGUUUUUACAUUUCGUAAUAUCAAGCUCUUUGUAGAUUGUUGUUUUUAACAUGGUUUUCAGAAUUGUUUUUCAACAUUUAAUUCUUAAUAAACAAAGUACAUUGCUUCAUCAUUGUUGCACUCAGUGGGUGUUUUAGUAAAGGCAUUUUAGGCCUAUAAUUUUCUCUAUUUGACAAGUACAUUAAAUUGUGUUACAAAUACAUUUCCGUUUCCGUUAUUGCAUCAACGCUUAAUUCUACAUG